CCUUAUCUCAUUAUCCAUCUCAUCUUCAUUCUCAAGCUUAAAUUUCAAUCUUAUCUCCGCUUAUCUUCAUUUAAAUACUUGCAUAUACACAACAAUCUCAUAUAUUGAAUCUAUAUAUCCAAAUUGGAUUACUGUUAUGGGAAACUGCUGCGGAAAGACGCCGUCUUCGUCAGCUGAGCACUGGGGUGGCGACGAUUGGAGUUCUCUGACAUCCGAAGACAAGAGCUCAACGAAGGUGUUGGAUGAGUUGAAUAGAGAUUUGUUAUUAAGUGCUUCUGCUUCUUCUAAUUAUGGGAAGAUUAAGAUAAAGAUUACAAAGAAGGAGCUUCAAGUGUUAUUGAGAGAAAUAGAGAAGCAGAAGAUGAUGAAGAAGAAGAAGGGAAUUAGGAAGGUGAAGAGUAGUGUUUCUGCAGAACAAGUUCUGGUUCGUUUAAUGGGGGCCAGAGAUCUUCAGCGUCAUCGUGCUGGCCGGAACAGGAGCC